GGCGACUGUGCGCACCCGGUCGAUGGUCGCGCUGGGCUACCUACAUUCCGCGAUUUACCGCCACGCAGUGACCUCAGCGCCGGUAUCCAGGAACUCUGCUCCAUGCGCUGCGUUUCAACGACGUCGCGCCUCGCGCUCUCCACUGGACGAGUCACGAUGUUCUUGUCGCCGUCGUGCGCUGUCUUGUCGUCGACGAAGGGCCAAGAAAGCAAAUAAAAGCAGUCACCCGACUCAUCCCUGGACUCUCUUGCUAUGGCGAUGUCGCGAGCCCGACGCUAGCGGGGACCCUUACGCUGGGCUCUCGCCGGUUCUCUUUCUCUGGAGAACGCCUGCGCCGGUCUGGAGGCUCCAUUACACGCGCCUGCCGACAUCCCCGCACCUUCCCGGUUACCUUCGACGGAGGAUGAGCCGCCUCGAGACUCAGUCUGGCCGAGCUCUGCCGAUUCACGGCAGUUGUAUCACUUCGACGAGGUUUAUGACAGAAUUUCAACCGCUCAAUUGUCGUCAUUCUGCAACAGCUCUCUUCAUCUCGGAUGACCUGUCGAUCUUUGGGCAAUACCGUAAACCGCCUCGAUCCUCCGCGAAAAGCGGUAUCACAGUCAAUUUAUCAUCUAUCGACACCCGCGGUCGAAAAACGCCGGCCAAGGCUCAGUUGUCCUGACAUCGGCCCUUCACUAGUUUGUGACAUCCAGAAGUACGGCAGCACGGUAGCGUCAGCCAGGACCCAGGGACCAGUCACAGUUGACGGGCUCAAAUAAUAAAUCAGGUGCGCCGUCGCACGCCCUCUUGAUUUCCAUAUGGAGCAGAAGAUCCUGCGAUCCUGACCCACGCCACUGUAAUCUCCACAUUGACAUUCCAAACACGGGCAGUUGGUCGCAGCGCCAUAGUGACGAGGCUAGACGCGCC